UCCCUAGCUGACAUCACUUGUGACUGAAGUGAUGUCGCCCUGUCAUUUUUUCAUUUCUCAUUUUUGUUGUUCUGGUUCAACGGGAACCCCGUUCUCAUGCCGGGCACUCCUGAAAAGGAUUGAUUCUAUUCAUUCGAUCCCAUCAAUCAACAUCCUUGACGCCUUAGAUAUUCAAGUAGAAGAACCAAGGAACCAAGAAGCACUCUCGUCUAUUGAUUGACUAUAGGGUUCUCACAGAUUGAAUCAUUCAUCAUUCAGUUCUUAGGAGUGAUCACUGCGAAUUCAAUCGUAUCUUGCUCCGUUCUCUCUUGUUUCAUUGUUUUGGGGUUCUAUAAAAUCAAAUCAUUCUGCUCUAAAAAAUAAAAACAAACAAAUAAUAACACCACCAUGACAACUUGCGCUACAAACGGCAUGUUGGAAACACGAGAUGGCUUGGUCUAUCAGACGGGUUUUGGCAAUACAUUUGAAAGUGAAUGCAUCCCACACGCACUGCCCAAGGGUCGCAACAAUCCUCGCAAGGUUCCGUACAAUCUCUACGCGGAACAAUUGUCCGGCACGGCCUUUACCGCUCCCCGCGCCGAAAAUAGACGCACAUGGCUCUAUCGCAUUCAACCCAGUGUCGCCAAUGGCACCGAACACAUUCCGCGACAUCAUCAUCACAAAGUAACAACAACAACGCCGGCGGUAUUCUUUGGAGGCGUCGAUCCGGAACAAACCGUCGUGACACCUCGUCCAUUGCGAUGGAAACCCAAACCACCGCAUCCUGCCAAUGAAGAGUGCGACUUUAUCGACGGCAUGUCCUUAAUGGCCACGGGAGGAGGAUCGCCCUUGAACAAGAAUGGAUUGUCCAUUUACAUGUACUGCUUCCAAACAUCCAUGUCGGAAACCAAACGACACUUUUACAAUGCCGAUGGAGACUUUUUGAUCAUUCCGCAACAAGAAGCACUCCUCAUUCAUACCGAAGUGGGACGUAUGAUUGUCCAUCCCAAGGAUAUUUGUGUCAUUCCUCGGGGAUUUGUCUUUUCCAUUCAUCGGCACAACAACGACACUUCGCUUGAAUCGUUUGCCAGAGGCUACGUCCUGGAAGUAUGCAAAGGACACUUUACACUUCCUGAACUGGGACCCAUUGGAUCCAAUGGAUUGGCCAAUGCCAGGGACUUUUGGUAUCCCACUGCAUGGUGCAGUGCAACCACACCGGCGGAUUACACGUACAACGCUGACAGCAAACAUACAUUGAUGCGCAAGUUUGGAUCGCAACUCUUUCCCAAACAACUGCGUCAUUCUCCCUACAAUGUAGUGGCAUUUCACGGCAACUACUUGCCCUUCAUGUACAAUCUCGAUCGAUUCUGUGCCGUCAAUUCCGUCACGUACGAUCAUUUGGAUCCCAGCAUUUACACGGUACUCACUUGUGUGGGCAGUGAACCGGGCACGGCGUUGGCGGAUUUUGUCAUUUUCCCACCGCGGGUCAUGGCCACCGAUUCCAAUACGUUACGACCUCCGUGGUUUCAUCGCAAUACCAUGACGGAAUUCAUGGGACUCAUUGCGGGACAGUACGAUGCCAAGGAAGGAUUCCAAGCCGGUGGUGCUUCGUUGCAUUCGUGCAUGACACCGCACGGACCCGAUACCAUGUCGUACGACAAAGCCGUCCUGGAUCACUGUGCAAUGCCUGUCAAAUUUGAAGAAGGAUUGGCAUUCAUGUUUGAAACGAGUUUGAUCAUGACGCUCAGUCCAGUCGCCUUGAAAGCCUCGUAUCUAGAUGUGGACUAUGAACAGUGCUGGCAAGAUUUGAAUGCUGAUUUGUUCAUUGGAUGGGACAAGUUUCCAACACCCAAAGAAGAGGAACAGGAAAAUGAAGAAGAGUAGAGGAACAAGAGAGUUGAAUGAAUCCAAGACAAUACAUGCGUUGCUAGUACUGUUAAGAAAGACAUAGCUAUAUAAAUUGGUAGAAGUUACAUCAUACGAUACGGUCGUCGC